AUGUUCGCAGACAUCAGCAAGCCGCCCAAGCCACUCCCCUCGGCCACCUUGCAGACUAUCCGGCCGGGCAUCAGCUUACUGGCUCCUCUGACACGCCGAGGCCAUGGCCCUGGUCUGAUUGUGCUGUCUGCCGAUUCGGACACCCCUGUUCACAUCGCCGAAGGCGUUCCCUCGCCACUGAUGAAGUGGUCCGAGGAAGGCUAUGCCGUUGUCGAGAUCCAAAGCCGAGCGCUGGGAGAAGGUGACGCCCUAGCCGAUGCUCUGGCGGCGUUGUCAAAGUGUGAACAGUGCCAGCCCAAGGAAAAGGUUGGCCUCGUCUCAUACGACGCGGGCGUCUGGAACAAGCUUGCAGCUGGUAUCGGAUCUCACAGCCAGAUCGUCGGCGCAGUUGUGUAUGGCUCCGCUGCUGAACAGGCGCAGCUCGCCUCUGCGUCCGUUCCGGUUCUGAUGCACCUCGGCGGUGCGACAACGGCUGGACCGCCGGAGCGGGGAGACCGCGUGACAAAGUACUCGUACACCCGGCCGGACGGGUUCGCCCUGCCGUUCCAGGAGAACUUCCACUACUCCACUGAAGCCGUGUCGCACACGCGCAGCCUCACGUUCCUCAAGCCCCUGGUCGGCGGCCCUUACUUUGACCUUGAGACCAUCUGGGACGAGCACACGUACUACGAGUUCGCCGACAGGUCGGUGGAGCAUACCAUGAGCACCAUGGUCCAGGAACCUUAUGUGAACCACGUUCCGACCAUGACGGGUGGGAUUGGACGGGAGAAGCUCACCGAGUUCUAUCGGGGACACUUCAUCUUCAACAAUUCGGCGGAUACCGACCUGGAGCUUAUCAGCCGAACCAUUGGGAUCGAUCGAGUUAUUGAUGAGUUCCUCUUCAAGUUCACCCACGACCUCGAGGUUGACUGGAUGCUGCCGGGCAUUCCGCCAACAGGACUGAGAGUCGAGGUGCCGUUCACCGCUGUUGUCAACAUCCGUGGAGAUCGUCUAUACCAUGAACAUAUCGGCUGGGACCAGGCCUCCGUUCUGCGGCAACUGGGCCUGUUGCCCGAGUACCUGCCCUUCCCCCACCCAGUCAAAGAUGCGGCUGGAAACGCCAGCACAAAGAAGUACGAGUAUCGGCUUCCAGUUGCGGGCAUCCAGACCGCCAACAAGCUGAGAGAGAGGAACUGGGGCCCGUCCAACGAGAUGUUUGCUUACAAGUUGAGAGAGAGCUCUGCCGAUCAGGGCUCUGGGAACGGCAGCCAUCUUGUCAGCCCUAUUCGAAUCGUUCAGCAAUACAAUCUUGAUCAAGACUUGCUUCACGGAUCACCAAAGAGUCAGGGCAUCUGA